UCGUGGUAAGUAGUCAGUACUACUCUCGCUAGCUACAUAGCCGGUAAAACGUUGUGAAUGCGAUGGUGUUGAUGUGAUACGAACGUGUAGGUAAUAUUCGUAACAUUUCGAGUGAAAAAUUUAAGCAAUCGAAUUUUAUAUUGAGUAAAAAUUCGUAACGGUGUUGAUCUAAAUUAGAAUUAUUUUCCAUCGCGUUUGUUUUAUUCGUUACCUAAUUGACCACAAAAUCGUAAUCAACGCAAAUGAUCAAUUCUCGAGUUAUUUUCGCGAUGAACGUUAUCAUUUUAUCAGUAAACAUGAUCAAUUGAUGUUUCGUUGAACUUUUUUUCCAUUCCCAGCGUCCUUAAUCAAAAUCGAAUCUUCCAAAUUUUAUAAAAUAUUUAGCAAAUUAUUUGUAAAUUAAUUGUUCGUCCGUGUUAAUUUUUACAUGCUUAGAAAAUUUAUUUCAAUUUGUUGAGUUCAAGUGUGCAUUAGUGAAAUGUAUUAUAGCUUUCGGAUUUGCGAGGAUAUGCACAAGUUUUGUAAAAGGAAACGUGUUUUUUCCGAAAAAACCAGCUCAGAUUCAUGUUUUUUGAUGAAAAUGAUCGAAUAAACGUCGUAAUAUUCCAAACCGACGAUUGGAGUGACUAUGCUACCUUGCUUAAAAUACAUCAAGGGGUUCAUUUUAUGCUCCUUAUCGCAAAUUUUUUACACCAAUAUGUGUAUAUUUUGCGCCUUGGUACGAGAAAUUGAUGAAGAUUUCCGAUCCGAAUUGGAUAGACCGAUACCCAUUGAAUCUGUGAAUGCUGUGUGGGGUCAGCGAGCUCAACUGCCAUGUGAUAUAUCAACUAAAGAUAAAGAUGAUGGGGUCUCUAUGGUAUUAUGGUUUCGUGAUGCAGACGGUGAACCUCUUUAUAGCUUUGAUGUCCGAAAUAAGCCAUUUGAUAGUGCGAAACCAUGGUCUUCUCCAACAGUUUUUAAGGAUAGGGCGAAAUUUGUCGCAAAAACUCAACCUGCUUUUCUAGUCAUUGAUCCUAUUAGAACAGAAGAUGAAACCGUUUAUAGAUGUCGAGUGGAUUUUCAAAAUUCGCCAACGAAAAAUUCCAAAGUUAAUCUUACUGUCAUCGAACCUCCUCAAUUACCGACGAUAUUCGAUGACAAAAAUAGAGAUCGUUCCAAAGUAGCUGAACCAUUUAAUGAAGGUUCAGAAGUAACAUUACAUUGCGAAGUGACUGGAGGCAAACCAGUGCCACGAAUUGACUGGUAUUUAGAAGAAAAAUUACUAUACGGAGAAACGGAGUAUCGUUCUUCAUCAAAAGUUACCAUUAAAAGAUUAACCAUUCCGUCUUUAAGUAGAGAUUAUCAAAGUAAAAAAUUAUCUUGUCAUGCUUCCAAUACGAAUCUAGUUUCACCAGCUACCAGAAACAUAAUAUUAAACAUAAAUUUGAAACCAUUAUUUAUAAAUAUUACAACGAAGCAAGACUAUUUAUCAGCAGAAAAAUCCUUCAAUAUAGAAUGCAGAUGUUACGGAUCAAAACCGCCAGCUCAUAUAACAUGGUGGUUAGGCAGUCGACAAAUUACUCAAGUUGCUAAAAGUUCACUUACAGAGGGAAACAUGACCGACGUUAGUAUAAUAUCUUUCAGACCUCUAGUAGAAGAUGACGGCAGAUACUUGACUUGUCGAGCAGAAAAUCCAUCCAUCGGAAAUAGUGCGAUAGAAGAUAAAUGGCGUCUCAAUGUACAAUACAAUCCUAUUUUAACAUUGAAAAUAGGAUCAUCUUUAGAUGCGAAUAAUAUUAAAGAAGGGGAUGAUGUUUACUUUGAAUGUUACAUCCGAGCAAAUCCUAAAAUUUAUAAAUUUGCCUGGUUUCAUAACGGCUUAGACAUCCCACACAAUAUUUCAACCAACAUUAUCAAAACAGAUCACAAUUUAAUAUUGCAACGUAUUAAAAAACCCGCUACCGGUAAUUUCACUUGCUAUGCUGCGAAUGCGGAAGGAGCUGCAGAAAGUAAUCCUGUCAUACUGAACGUAAAAUAUGCACCUGUGUGCAAAAAAAAUGGAGACGAAAUAUACGGCGCUUUUAAACAAGAAACAAUUUUAUUAAAAUGCGAAGUCGACGCCAAUCCUCCUCCAAUAGAAUUUUUAUGGACUUUCAAUAAUUCUGGUGAUAUGAAAGCAGUCCAUGAACCAAAUUUCAUCACAACUCACGGAUCUCCAUUUUUAAACCACACUCCCAGAUCAGAUUCAGAAUUUGGCACACUAUCUUGUCGAGCUAGAAAUAUAGUCGGAAUGCAAGAAACUGCAUGUUUUUUUCAAAUAGUCGCUGCAGGUCAUCCUCACCCGUUGCUAAAUUGUUCGAUGAACAAUCUUACAUUAUCUCGACUUCGGGUAGAAUGUAGCGAAAAUUUCGACGGUGGUUUGCCGCAGUACUUCUUAAUGGAAAUUUGGGAACCGAAUGGACUUGUACCAAGUUUCAACCUAACCGAACGACGAUCUCCUCCGAUUUUUCAACUCGACCGAAUCGAUCCAGCUAUCGAAUACGAAAUUCGAUUAUAUUCCGUUAAUCCGAAAGGCAGAUCGGAACCGGUUAUUCUGCGGACAUCUCCAACAAAAGGGGUCGCAAUGUAUGCAAACCCUUCGAUGAAUUUGCCGUUUGGUUCGUUAACGGUAGUAUUGUUCCUGCUGGGCAUUUGCUCCAUUGUUCUAAUGUGUAUUGCCUCAAUCGUAGUCUGCCGCCGUCGAGAAAAAACUAAUUCACAUAUCAAAAAUCCAAACCACGAUGACGCCAUUUAUCACGGCGCCAUGUUAAUUUCAUCGGAAAAUGGUGCUUCCAUACAUAACGACAGAAGAUCCUCCGAUGAUGAUCCUGAUCCUGAUAUUAUUCCCAACGUUCGAGAACGUAAAGUCUUGAAAACAUUUGCCAAAUUUCAAAAAACACCUCCGCUAAAAAGGUUCAAAAAAAGUCCAUCGGAUAUCUACGAAGAUGACAUCGAACACAGCAGCGAUGCAAAAAUUUACAGAAAUCAUAGUCAUUUAGAUAAAGAUUCGCUGCAAGUUAAUAGACUAUUACCAUUAGGAAGUAGAGGAAAUGGAAUCCACACAGCUGAAACAGUGAUAGUAAAACCGGCACAUAAUCAUAAAUUAGGUCCAGAAGUAGUCACUGCCUCACAUCGUUUACAAGAAUCUUGUAUAUAAGCAAUUUACUGACUUGUUCGAAUUUUCCUUCGUUUUUUAUUGAAUAUUCUAAGUUUUUGUUUUCUUUGUUUCUUUUUGUUUGUUUGUUUAUUUUAUUUUGUUGUGUUUCCCUUCGUAAUUAUCCUUUUUUUUCUCUCAAUAUUGCGAGAGUAAUUUUCGUUUUGUAAUUUUCUAACGUUUUUUUAUUGCGAAAACUUUCAUACGAUAUAAAUUAUUUUUUAAUUGUUCGAGAUGUAGCUUUGUUCAUCAUUUUAUGUUUUCCUAUUGUUGUCGAAUAUUGAUUUUGUACUGUUGCGUGAAUAUAUACGAUUUUAACGUUUA